AAGCGGCGGCCUUUCCAUUACAUAUUUUCUCAAGAGAAGAGUUGCGAUAUUGAGAAGACAAUGAACAGUGUGCCCAAAGAGAAAGCUGCCGGCGGCCCGCCGCUGCAGCUCUUCAACUGCGCCCACUCGGACUGUGGGGCGACUUUCACUAGACAGUGGAGGCUGAAGGAGCACGAGACUGUGCACACCGGAGCGCGCCCGUGUCUCUGCACAAUUGCUGGCUGCGAUCGUCGCUUCUCUAGAAAAUCCCACCUGAGCCGCCACAUGGUGCAGCACAGAGGGGUCAUGCAAUUCAAAUGCAAAUUUGCAAACUGUACAAAGGCUUUCUUCCACGCAGGCAAGCUGAAAAGACAUGUGCGCUACACCCAUGGAGACAAAAACAAGUAUUUCAAGUGUAACCAGCCAAAAUGCCCCUUGACCUUCAAAAAACGCAGAUUGUAUAAACUGCAUUUAAAGGAGCAUGACUUGCCUGCAAAGUUCACCUGUUCGAAGGACGGAUGUGCUGCCAAAUUCGACUCCCAUAUCGCCCGCAAAGCCCAUGAGAAAAAACACACAGGUUACCGCUGUCGUCACGCUAACUGCCAGGUGUUUGAAAACACCUGGGGGAAACUUCAGAAGCACAUGGCAAAGCAUCCAGUAGCCACAUUCACUUGCCAAGCCUGCAAGAAGGUGUUUAAGAAAGCGGAUGCUCUGCGAAGACACAAACGCAUCCACGCUUCCCAUAAGCCCGUGCUGGUCUGUCCCAGAGAAGACUGCCAGGCCUACUUCUCUACAACCUUCAACCUGCAGCACCACAUCCGCAAGGUCCACCUCAAGCUCCUCAAAUACAGAUGCUCUUUCCCCGACUGUCCACGCACAUUUGCUAUGCGGGAGAGCAUGACCAGACACCUGCUCCGCCAUGACCUGAGCGCCACCACUCUGAAGAAACGUCUGCGGCCUAAGAAGGCCUGGCAGAAGCGUCUGGAUGGACACCACCUGCCCCUUGUGGAGGAAAACCUGCGUGGCCUCUUCGCCCUGCGCAUGCGGAUCUCCCGACGUGCCAAAGUGGAAACCAACCUGCAAGGCCUCUUCAAUGAACGCAAGAUCCCUCAUUAUGUCGACCCAGAAGUUAACCUGCGCAGUCUGUUUGCCAUCAAACGCCCUUUUGUGGAGAAGUCUGAGGUUGCACCUGUCGAAGGUUAAAUUAAAAUAAUAGCCGCACAUUCUGACUGUUAACACAAAUCUGUGCAGGCUUUUAAGUUGGACUAAUUUUCUUUGAUUUUUUGAGAAAUUGGGUCUCUUUGGUUGAUAUUUUGUAAUGUAGCUGACAUACAUUUAAAUAUUAGUAAUUAUUUGACUUUCACUUGACACGGUUUGGGCUGUCAAGCUUUUGAGAAUUCCAAAGAUUGAAUUCUAGCUCAUGAAGACAACAGGUCUUUAUGGAAAUGCUUGUUUUUGUAACAUGGCAUGUGUUGACCCAAUAAAAUGAGUUAAAUUCUGAUCAAA